GAAAACUCUUCAUAGCUUCAGGGGGGUGGAGGUAAACAGAAAAAUAGUAUAUAAGAUGCUUUGAGGCAGACUUCCAUAGUGAAGACUUCCUGAUUCUGACAGGAGGGGUCUGAAAAAAAGCUACUUCUUCAGGCUCCACCUUCAAAGACUCACUUCAUUGGAAGAAAGCUAGGUACCAGUCUGCUGUAGCACUUGCAGAAAGUUUCAUACCUACCCCAGCUGCAUUCAGGCUACCCGCAGUCAGCUGGAAGUUUUCUGCUGCUGUAAGCAAAAAUGCCAGCAAGAUCCACUGCUCAGCUGGCAUGGCUCUGCAUUGUCACUGUGUCUGUGGCAAUCUAUCCAGCACUGCUGCAGAAGCCUCCUAAAAGGAGAACAAUCAAUGGGAAUGCACAGUCCAAGAUGACAGGCUGCUGCGAUGAGAUGAAAGAGCUCAAGCUGCAAGUAGCCAACCUGAGCAGAAUGCUGCAGGAGCUGAGCAAGAAGCAGGAAGGUGACUGGGUGAAUGUGGUUAUGCAGGUGAUGGAGCUGGAAGGGAGCACCAAGCAGAUGGAGUCCCGCCUCAUUGAUGCUGAAAGCAAAUACUCCGAAAUGAACAACCAGAUAGAUAUCAUGCAACUCCAGGCAGCUCAGACGGUCACACAAACUUCAGCUGUAGAUGCUGUCUAUGACUGCUCAUCACUUUACCAGAGGAACUACCGAAUCUCUGGCGUUUACAAGCUACCUCCUGAUGAAUUUUUGGGCAGUCCAGAUCUGGAGGUGUUCUGUGACAUGGAGACAGAUGGAGGUGGCUGGACUAUCAUCCAAAGACGUAAAGUUGGAUUGACAUCUUUCAAUAGGGACUGGAAACAAUACAGGGAAGGAUUUGGCAAUAUUCGGGGAGAUUUUUGGCUGGGAAAUGAAAACAUCUACCGACUUUCAAGACGCCCCACUGUUCUGAGAGUUGAGUUGGAGGACUGGGAAGGGAACAUACGCUAUGCACAAUACAAGCAAUUCACCCUGAGCAACGAAAUAAAUAGCUAUCGUCUUUUUGUCGGGAACUACACUGGCAACACAGGGCGUGAUUCUCUAAGGUAUCACAACAACACAGCCUUCAGCACGAAGGACAAGGACAACGACAAGUGCGUGGAUGACUGUGCCCAGUUUCGUAAAGGUGGAUAUUGGUACAACUGCUGCACAGAUUCCAAUCUGAACGGAGUUUACUACCGCAAAGGAGAACACACAAAGAACAUGGAUGGCAUCACCUGGUACGGGUGGCACGGAUCGACCUACUCACUGAAGAGAGUUGAGAUGAAGAUCCGGCCACAGGAUUUCAAACCGUAGAGGGAAACAGUAUUUGAUUGUACAGCUACAUGAUGCCACUGCACAGAAGGUGGGCAACAAACAGCUCAAAAUCAGCCAAAUAAUUGUUCAUUUCAUCUAAUAUGUGCAACAGCUACAUACCGGCUACGUACACACACAAACACACAGGUGCAUUAAGCACCAGCCACAGCCACUAGUGUUACCAGGGCUCAGACUUAUUUCCUCAUCUUCAAGCUCUUUCCAAAGGGAAAAAUACUGUGUUAGAACAGGUUAGAACACAAUGCACUUACAGCACCUUCAGAAAACUCAUUGGUGUGUUUUCACUAUCACUGUGACUAGUGUGUCACCUUAGAACUAACCAGCCAAGCAGGGACUAAAAAGAAAGCCUCCUUGUUGUCUUUCCUUCAGUGUCCAGAGCAAGCAUUGCUUGUCCAAGAGGGACUUAAAUCACAAAAAUGACACAUUCAUUUCAAGCCAGAGGAAUCGAUCAGAAGUGUCUCUGAUGCACCUUUCCUUAGUGUAUAGUAAGUGGCUUACAUUCCCACAGAGGAAAAAGACAAAGCUCGAAAGCUUUAGAUUAGUUAGUAUUCAGGUUCUUUUCUGAACUUUUACUGCCAUCUCCUGCUACUGUCUCAAGUAAGUCCCCACAGAGGGCUGCACCCAGCAUAUAGUAACCCUGGAGGAAGGAUUUGUGCCAUAUGCUCUGUGACGUUUAUUCCUAUCCAUAGAUUACCUAGAGGUUGAUAAACUAGAAAGCAGCUUUCUGGGCUGCCAGCAAAUUAUGUUCAGGUUAGAACAUGAGUGUGCUAUAUGUCACUAGGACCAAGAGAGAACAGCGAGUGAGAAAAAAAUCCAGACCCGGCCAAAAAAACUCAAUUCCAACACGUAAACCCACUGUAUCCAUGAGCAAAACACUAGUACACACCAGAGAAUCCAUAAGUGCCAAAGUUAUUCAGACAUAAGGGAAUGUUCGCUAGCAUACCGCAAUGAGGAAUAUUAAAAUCUGUUCUGAAAACUACCCCAAUUACAAGUUACCUAGAGAUGUUAUGUCAAAAAUUAGUAUGUUUCUCCCUUACAUAACACAGUGUUAAAAAUAACAGUUAAAAAAAGAGAGACUCUUCCUGUAGCCAUACCAUUGUUUGAAUAUGUUGGAAAAGGCAGUUAUCGUUAAUAUAUCUAUUUUUAUUCAACUUAAAGAGAGUUUGAAUCUAAUUUAAAUUGUUCAGUCUUGUGUGAAAUGGAAGAGAAAGGUGUCUUGGGAAUUGCCUUACAUAUGUUUGACUAUUCAUACUGCAAAUUUCAACUGUGUGGAACUAUAGUUGGAACCAUUCUAACUGUGGUCCAUAAAAUGGAUUUGUAAAGGUUUCUAAACUUUUUAAUUGCUAAUAAAUUGUCUUUCAUUUUUAAUCCUGCUUUAUUUCAAGUCUUUGCUCCUUUAACUUGCUUUUUGAUACACAAAGAAACAGCUGCACAAGUGAUUGAGGCCAGGCAAGGGAAUAUACUGAAUUCUGUAUUUUCCUCAGAAAAACAAGAGAGGACAAAGGAGGCAAGAGUAAAAGAGGGGAAAAAAACAGAAAAGCAGAACCCCAAGGAAGUAGGAGGGCUGAAAAUUCACUGCAGACAAAGCUAAGUUUUUACUCAACCAAAAUCAAUUUGUCCACCUCAAAUGGUAAGAGUUAACAUUUCUGUGAUAUGAAACUUGAAAUUCACAUUUUAAAACAUGUAGUUCAGUACCAAAUCCUGUGCAGGUAUUUCAGGCUAACAUCUUUCUUAUUGACAAAGCUCAGGAAACAAUACACUCUUGUUAUAAUAUCUUCUAUUUGGUAAAUGAAGAAGAGACCUAUCUAAGCCAUGUAAGCAGAUUAUGAUGAGCAAUUUUAAUUAAGAACUUCAGCUUUUCUAGCUUAUUUAUAUGCAAGUGUAGAAAUCUUGUCUCGUUUAACUUACAGCUACUCCACAACAUCCCAUAUUGAACUUGAAGGAUGAGAGGUGGAAAUCAGAAGACUUUACCUUUUCCUGCACAGCUUCCCAUGGCUUCUGUCAUGAUUUUUAACCACAUAAUAGGAGGACAGAACUCAGGAGCUAGGAGUGUACAUCUACAAGGCAGUUAGCAAGCCUACAACAACGACUUGUGACAGAGAGUAAAAUCCUAAGUAUUGUCUAGAUUCAUCCUAAUGGUAUCCUAAAUUGCAUACUGAUGCAAGAGCGUAAGUCUCAUCAG